AUGACUUCAGCACAGAAAACCACCGUCAAUGUCGUGUUCGGGGCGAUGACUUUCGGCAAGCCAGGAGUCGAACAAUCGAGAGUCCACGACCUGGACAUAGCGAAAGGUAUCCUUGAUGCUUUCCAGAAGCACGGGCACAGCGAAAUUGAUACUGCGCGGGCAUAUGGUGAAGGAUCGUCCGAGGAGAUGCUUGGCGACCUUGACUGGCAGGGACGUGGCAUUGUUAUGGAUACCAAGUAUUAUCCUACGGCAGGGAAAUCGAGCCCGGCGUCUUGGGACCAAGCGCUACGUCACACGCCGGAAGGUCUUCGAGAGAACCUGAUGAAGAGCUUGAAGGCUCUGAAGACGGACAAGGUCGAUAUGUGGUACCUUCAUGGCCCCGACAGGACGACACCGUAUGAUGUGACUAUGAAGGCAGUCAAUGACUUGUACAAAGAAGGUCACUUCAAGAGAUUGGGUAUCUCGAACUAUCAAGCCUGGGAAGUGGCUCAGAUCUGCGAGAUGUGCAAGGCCAAUGGCUGGAAGUUGCCCGAUGUCUACCAAGGCGUCUACAACGCUCUCCAUCGAUCAGUCGAACCCGAGCUCUUCCCAUGUCUGCGGCACUAUGGUAUGGCGUUCUACAACUACAAUCCAUUAGCUGGUGGGUAUCUCACGUCCCGCUAUCACCGCGAAGACAAAGACAACGACAUCGAAAGCGGAUCACGAUUCGAUCCCAAUAAGUGGCAAGGAAAAAUGUACCGUGGACGCUACUGGAACACAAACUACUUCGAUGCUCUUGACAUCCUUCGUCCAGUCGCUAAGCACCACGGUCUCACGGAAGCGGAGUGUGCAUUGAGGUGGAUGACACACCACAGUAUGCUGAAGAGAGAGAACGGCGAUGCGAUCAUAAUUGGUGCCAGUACGGUCUCACAUAUGGAGGAGAACAUGGUGGAUCUUGAGAAGGGUCCGCUGCCUGACGAAGUCGUCCAAGCUCUACAGAAGGGAUGGGAGCUCUGCAGAGGGAUCUCUAUUAGAUAUUAUCACUGA